CUUUGUCGCUAUUGUGGCCCUAUCGGGCCACAUAAGUCACGUGUGUUUUCGCGCCUAUAUAAUGACGUCAUGAUGACGAAACACGCGUCUCUUUGGCUCAGCCAAUAGAGGAGAAUCUCGUCAUCAUAAUUCGACCAAUCACAGACCACCAGCCUGGCCGGGCUACAAGCGACGCUUCCACAAAGCCGGCAGUGUUCUGCAGGCCUCCCUGGUCUUCACAAGUGGACCCAGUUGCUCCUACUCUCGCCGCCCUCACGCCCAAAAUAAUGAACAUUCCUAGCUCUGGUUUUUAUCGGAAGGCCACCGACCCUAGGAGAUGGGUUGCUCCUCCUGUAGCGGAAGAUAGUGAUUUGGAGGUAGAGGCUGAGAGUGAUGUGGAUGAUAGUGACCUGGACCCUGAUUAUGUUGUAGAGGAAAACAUGACACCUACAACUUCAGGACAUGUGACUAGGAUCAGGCCUGAAGAAAUGCCUCUUGAUGAUGAUGCAGGUGAGGAUGAUGAGGAUGAGACGGUCUCGGGGGACACUCCACCACCCACCAAGAAGGUGAAGAAGGCCAAGGACCAGCCAUCAAGGGUAUGGAAGAAAGAAGACAUCGGACACACUCCUUUACCCGAGUAUAACCAUCCAGUGCCUGAUUUCCUCCUGAAGCCCUAUGAGUUUUUCCUCCAGAUGCUGACCAUGGAGAUACUUGAAGACAUUGUGUACCAGACGAACCUGUAUGCACGGCAGAAGGAUGUCAGUACCGCUUUCUCCCUUGACAUCCAGGACCUGAUGGUGUUUUUGGGCAUUAUCCUCUACAUGGGGGUAGUCCACAUUCCUUCCCUGGAUGACUAUUGGGCAGUCAACACCCGCAUCCCACAGGUGACCGACUACAUGUCCGCAAAGCGAUUUAAACAACUCAGAUCCACCAUUCACUUCAACAACAACGAUUAUGCCAAGGCUUCCACAGACCGCUUCUACAAGAUACGGCCUCUCUUCACAGGAAUAACAAAACAAUUUCUGCGGGUCAAGGAAACUCCCCAUCAGUCGGUUGAUGAAGUGAUGGUGGCAUACAAGGGCACAAUGGCAGGGAAUCUUCGCCAGUACAUCGCAAACAAACCGGACAAGUUCGGCUACAAGUUAUUCUGCCGUGCGAGUAUCGAUGGUUUCAUCCACGAUGUCCUAAUGUAUCAGGGACAAACGAGCUUCAGCAGCCACCCUGUAGACCUGACUGAGGAGGAGGAAGAACAGCUACUGAGCAACAGGAUUGUGAUUGUCCUUGCCAAGACCAUCAAAGACCCCGCUAAUUCCGCCAUCUAUGCGGACAACUACUUCACGAGCAUCCAACUGGUUGAGUUCCUGAAAGACAAGCUCCAAUGCCGCUAUGUGGGGACUGCCAGACCCAACCGCAUUGGAAAUCCACCACUGAUGUCUAGGAAGGAAAUGGAGAAGAAGACCACUCCCAGGGGGAAGCACGAUUAUGUCUCCUGCAACGGGGUCCUUGCUAUGUGUCGGAAGGACAACAAACCAGUCACUAUCCUCUCUUCUGAUGCCGGGGUUCUUCCACUCUCCAAGGCCAAAAGGUGGGACAAGGAAUCCAAGAAAAAGGUCGACAUCCCAUGCCCAGCGGUCAUCAAGGAGUAUAAUGGUAAAAUGGGGGGCAUUGAUAAGUCCGACAUGCUCACCCAUCUCUACAAAUCUCCGAUGAAGGCUAGGCGGUAUUAUCUCAGGCUGUUCGGGUACAUCUUGGAUCUCUGCACCACUAAUGCCUGGAUCCUGUACAAGAGGGAUUCCAAAGCCCUGUCAGAGAAGCCCAUGCCCCUCAAAAACUUCCGCCUGGAGAUCAGUGCCUUUGCCCGUGGCUACAAAACCAGACCUGCCAGGUGCCUCCGCGAUACCCCUGAGAGUUUUGUCCGGCCAAAGAAGGGACAAAAAUCCCACCGCCCAGCAGACAACCUUCGCUAUGACUACUCCAAAUUCCACUGCCCAGUGUUUGUCAAGCAACGGAUGACUUGCAAACACUGCUCAACUCACAAGGAGAUGCACCGGUCUAGGUGGGUGUGCAAAGUGUGUCAGGUUGCCCUUUGCCACAGCGAAACUCGGAACUGUUUCGAGGAGUUCCACAUACGUACCCCCGGCUUCCAACUCGCCCUCCACAUCCACCUCAUCUAAUAAUGAUAUGUAAUAAUGAUAUGUAAUAAUUAUCUAUUCUAAUUUCUAUGUCUAAACUGGUCUAAUAAAACAAAUUCGUACCAUUUCUCGGUCAUGAAGUAAAGUAAAUGGUAGGAAAUUAGGUCAGAAUAACUCACACUUUAUUGCAGGAGGCAUAAUAAUGAUAUGUAAUAAUUUUUUCUUCUAAUUUCUAUGUCUAAAACUUAUUUAACCCUUAAACCGUUUGCUCAACAAAAUUGUUGAGCUAUUUUUUACUUACAUAAAGUAAGUAAUAAAUGGUCCAAAACAAAAAUAUUUCUCAUCAAGGCACGUCUACAUUAUUGUCGAACAUAAAUAGUUCAAUCUUGACUCAAUAGAUGGCAGUGGUGUGGUAGUCAGCUGAUAGGACAUCAACACCACCGGCAGCUAGCCGGCACGCUUCACCUGGCUCUACGUUUUUGCUUAUAUUGGAUGCUACGUAGAAAGGUAUGAUGCAUUUGUGUGACAUUAUUGCAAAGUCUAAACAAUAGUGAUCAUGUUGAUAUGAUGAUAAGUCCCGAAGAAUAUGAUAAUGAUGAAGUACUGGAUCUAUGAAAUGUUGUCUACAAUUUUGUUGAGGAGCCUGUUUAUGGUAAAAAUAUGCCAUUAGCUGGCUCAUCGACAAAAUUGUUGAGUUGCCCAUAAAAUCCAGAUUUUUUUACACAUUUUCUUCUCAUUUUAGGAAAAUGGAUGCGCGGAGCUUUUACGGGAAACGACGGGAUUUAGUAGCUGUCAUCCCUGAGGAUGGAGAUGAUUCAGACGACGGGCUUGCUGAUGAUGGCGAUGAUGAUGUCAAUGACCCAGAUUUCACUGCUAACAUAAAUGAGGAUGAUUCAGAUGAUGCAGUCAGUGAUCUUUCAAAUGAUGAUGAGCAAAUGCCCAGUGGUUCAACAGUGCAACCCUGCUUCAAAAAACGUAAAGUGAACACACCUCAACCUAAACUGGUUCCUAUUGAGAAAAAUGGAGCACCAACUUCUCAUGUCAGUGAUCCCAUAAGAGGAAGGCUUUGGAGAAAGAGAGAUAUUGAUAACUCUUACCCACUAGAGAAGAACUUUACAGCCCCAGACGAGUUAUCAACACCAUUUCAGUAUUUUUCUAGAUAUUUUACUCCUGAACUGGUAGAUCUUCUUGUACAACAGACUAAUUUGUAUUCAGUUCAGGAAACAACAGGUAGUAUAUGUACAACUGUAGGAGAAAUGCAAAAGUUUUUGGCUGUGUUACUCUACAUGGGGAUAUGCUCUUUGCCAGCAAUGGAUGAUUACUGAAGUGUCCAU